AUGAGCGAUGUGUGGUUUGUUGUUUUACUCAUUACUGUUUGGUAUAGAUACGAGUUCUAUUGUAUUACAAGAGCUUCUGAUUAUGGUAGAGGUCCUGAACACUUUGGGUAUGUUCAAGGUUUGAAGGGAGUCAAGUCCUCGCCCUAUGUCAAACGAGAAAUGGAAAAUCAACUACAUUACACAUUCGUCCGUACUGGUGUAAAUUUGGACAAUAUAUUGUUGAUGAAUUCAACACCUCACAGUGUCGAUAAAUCAAAAGUUGUUCGGCAUAUUGGAGAAGAACUUUGGAAACCACCGGACACUCGUCACUCUGAUUCCAAGUUACAUUAUACAAAGAUACUCUUUGCUCAAGAGGCAUAA